AUGGCAAUUUGUAAAUGGGCAGGAUAUCCUGAUUUAUUUAUUACUUUCACUUGCAACCCAAAGUGGCCAGAAAUAAAUGAUAUGAUCCAUUUAAUAGGCCAAAAAGAUGAUAACAAUCAGGUCGAUAUCAUAUGCAGAGUAUUUGAGAUAAAGCUAUUCCAACUAAUGCACAAUCUGAAAAAAGAACAACCGUUUGGAAAGAUAAUCGCAUGUAUAUACACAAUUGAGUUCCAAAAAAGAGGACUGCCUCAUGCACACAUACUACUUUUCUUGCAUUCGACAUUGAAAAAUCCUUCAGCAGACCAUAUUGAUAAUAUAAUAAGCGCGGAAAUCCCGGACUUAAAUGUUGAUCCUGAUGGUUAUAAUGCCGUCAAUAAAUUUAUGAUUCAUGGACCUUGUGGAAAACUUAAUUCAAACUCUCCAUGUAUGAUGCAAGAUAGGUGCACAAAACAUUUUCCAAAAAAAUUCAAUGAUCAAACGACCAUCGACACAGAUGGCUUUCCAGUCUACAAAAGGAGAAAUACAGAUAUAUCUCGGCAACUGAAGCUUGCUGGAGAAUAUUCCAAUUUGACAUACAUUACAGACAUACAUUACAGACAGCCAGCAGUUGAAAGAUUACCAUUCCAUUUACCUGGAGAGCACACAGUAAUAUUCGAAGAAAACAAAUGUGUUGAAAAUGUUGUUUGCAUACCUGGAAUAGAAAAAACAAAGUUCACUCAAUGGUUGGAAGCAAACAAGAAUUAUGAUGAUGCACGAGAGCUAACUUAUUCGGAUUUCCCUAUAAGUUGGGUUUGGAAUUCAAAGGAGAAAACAUGGACUAGGAGAAAAAAUGGAUUGGCAAUUGGAAGAAUUUACUUCGCGCAUCCUUCGAUUGGAGAACGCUUCUAUUUGAGAAUGUUGUUAAAUUUUGUCAAAGGGAGCAAUUCUUAUAAAAAGGCAUGCUAUGCUUUGGGAUUGUUAGACGAUGAUAAAGAGUGGAUAGAUUGCUUAACUGAAGCUGCAAUAUGGGCAACUGGAAAAGAAUUAAGACAUCUUUUCGUCACGAUACUCAUUCACUGUCAGGUUUCUGAUGCAUCACAACUUUGGAAAUCUAAUUAUAUUGCAUUGUCAGAAGACAUAACUUCAUUGCAAAGGAAGAGAUUUAGAAUGAAUGAUCUUAAGUUAACUGAACAACAAGUUGAAGCAUACACAUUGUUCGAGAUUGAAAGUAUCAUGCUGAAGAUGGGAAAAAGUUUGAAAGAUAUAGAUGGAAUGCCCCUGCCUAAUCCAUCUUUGAUAAGAGACUCGGGUAAUAGAUUGGUUAAUGAAGAGCUUGAUUAUGACCGAGAUCAAUUAAAGAUAUUGCAUGAGAAAUCAUUUGCUGCUCUAAAUCCUUGCCAAAAAUCAGCUUAUAAAGCAAUAGUACAUUCAGUAGAGAAUGAACAAGGCAAUUUAUUUUUUAUCAAUGGACAUGGUGGUAAUAGUAAAACAUUUUUAUGGAAUACAAUAACUGCAAAGCUCAGAUCACAAUAA